UGACAUGGCCGGCCCCCCCACCACGACCUUCAACUUCACUCCCAACGCCUCCUUCGAGGACUACGAGCUGCUGACCAACAACACCGACGACCCCGACAACCACUGGUUCUGCGCCAAGUGGACGAGCGCGCAGCAGGAUCUGUUCCAGGCAGCCAACCUCUGCUUCGCGAUCGCGUUCCUCGCGCCGAAGAGCUUCAAGCAGAGCAUAUUAGUGCUGCGGGCGCUGGCGGCGGCGGGCGCGGUGCUUAUGGCCAUGUGGGCGGGCGCCGACGUGUGCGCGCCUGACGUGCUCGCCUGGAGCCUGGCGCUCGUGAUGGUUAAUUCUAUACAUACGGUGUUCCUGAUUAUAAGGUUUCUCCCGCCGGCGCUCUCACUAGAACUGACGGACCUCUACCUCAAGUUGUUCAAGCCGUUGAAAGUGAGCAAGAAGCACUUCCAGGAGCUGACGCGGGAGGCGCGGUUAGUGCGGCUGGAGCCGGGGGAGGCCUACGCGGUGGAGGAGGUCACGCCGGCUGACGAGAGACUGUCGAUAUUGUUGAAGGGAAAAAUGCGAGUGAGUUGUGACGAGACACACCUUCACUACAUACAGCCGUACCAGUUCGUGGACUCGCCCGAGUGGGAAGCCAACAGGGAGCAGUCCGACGACGUCUUUCAGGUGACAGUGGUGGCGGAGGAGGUGUGCACGUGCGUGUGCUGGCCGCGCAUGCGCCUCGAGCGCGUACUGCGGCACCGGCCCGCCGUCAAAGUCGUGCUCGACUGCCUCAUAGGUAAGGACAUAACGCACAAGCUGUACUCAGUCAGCGAGGGGCUGAGUGCGGGCGCGGGGGCGGAGGGCGAGGGGCCGCCGCCCCACCUCACGCGCUCAGCCAGCGUCGACGCCGUGCACGAGGGCGCGCGGGGCCGCCUGCGCAGCCUCGCGUGGCGGACAAGAACGACGGGCAAAUCAAACUCCUACUGGCAGCCGAUGGUAGCGAGGCAGUUCCUGCGCUCGUCACCGUUCGGGGGUCGCGCGGCGCCAAAACUCGUUCCUCAAGCGUCAUCAACCAGUUUGCAGCCGCCCGCGCGCAGGCGGAGUCCGCCACGACGGUCCACCUCCUUCAGACGAGGAAGGGAGGUGAAGUUUGCGGAGCCGGGCGCAGAGGGACCGCAAGGGUUGCAGGGGCCGCAGGGCCUCGGCGUGUGACGACCACUCGUGCGGCCCGACGAGCCGCUCGCGCACACCUGACCAUCACACGAGCGAACGAACACCACUGAGUUUUGAGAGCCGGUCCCUAAUGUUGCUAGAGCAGAACAGAACUGGUAACUAAAGUAGAAGCCGUAGAGUUGAGUCUGUCGAAAAUUGAAAAGAGUAUUAAAAAGAAAGAGAUGUUACGAGAAGUACAGUGACAGAGAAAAUAAAGAGAAUUCAAAGAGUGACAUAAAAGCGAACUCGACAUUAAAUAAAAAGUUCAUACAAUAAUUAAUGAUCAAAUCAUGUCGAAAAACCGAAAGUAUGAGAUGCUAUAAUAAUAUGAGGUCAGAAUGAAACCUACAGUAGAAGAUAGCAAUACUUCUCGUACGUUUUGGAUAUCUGGAGUAACGAUAUAAUGAUGGCAGAGAAUAGCAACUCUACGGUUAAAGCUACUUCUGGACUGGCGCGAAUGCUGACGGAUUGUCUACAGUUUGGCUUGGACACCAAAACCUUCUUCCGAAAGUCAGCCAGAUUUAAACAAUGUCUCUCCAAAAUGUAUCUUCCAUU